AGAAGCAGCUUGACUGACGCAGAGAUCCUGAAGGAGAGAAUCUUUGGAUCCUGAGAAGUCUUUUAACGAAGGGUAGCUGGAGUUUGCUUCAAGGCAUCAAUUGACUUCUGUGAUCGUGGAGAUGCUGGCGUGAGGCCUUCAGGAGACGAUGGAGAAAAAAUGGACAUAUUGUGCUGUCUGUUCCAUCAUCCAGAUACAUUUUGUCAGGGGAGUAUGGGGAAAAGCAUCCAAUGAAGAAGACAUCUAUGCUUUCCCUGGCUCUGAUGUCAACUUGACCUGCCAAACAUGGAAGAAAGACUUGUUGGUACAGAUGCAAUGGUCCAAGGUCACUGACAAGUUGGACCUGAUUGCUCUUUAUCAUCCCCAAUAUGGCUUGCACUGUGCCAGUGACAGUCCCUGUGAAUCACUGGUGACUUUCACAAAAACUCCCAGAAAUGUGUCAAAAUGGACCCUGCACUUAAAGAACGUGUCCUCUUCAUUCACCGGGAAGUAUGAGUGUAGCUUUACUCUGUUUCCAGAGGGUGUUCGGACUAAAAUCUACAACCUGCUCAUUCAGACAAAUGCUACACAGGAUGAACGGAGAAGCAGCCAUUUAAUAGAAGUACAGAUAAAUCAGACUCUGGAAAUACCAUGCUUUCAAAAUAUCGCCUCAGAAAUUUCGUCUGAGUUCACCUUUGCAUGGUUGGUGGAAGAUAACGGAACUCAGGAAGCAUGUAUCACCCAAGGUCACUCCAUCAGCAAUUCCACACUAUUUAAAGACAGAGUCAAGCUAGGUACAGACUAUAAACUCUACCUCUCUCCAAUCCAAAUCCACGAUGAUGGCCGGAAGUUCUCCUGCCACGUUAUGGUCAGACCUGGUAAAACCUUGAGGAGCUCCACCACAGUCAAGGUUUUUGCUAAGCCAGAAAUCCCCAUGAUUAUGGAAAAUAACUCUACGGAUGUCUUGGGAGAGAGAACAUUUACCUGCUCCCUGAGGAAUGUAUUUCCCACAGCAAAUCUCACGUGGUUGAUAGAAGGAGGCUUUCCUCAAGGUGAAAAAGAAGAAAUAUACAUUACUAAUGAAGAGAGAAAAGACAAAAGUGGAUUUUGGGAGCUGAAGUCUGUUUUGACAAGGGUGUAUGGUAAUAAGCCAGCCCAACCAAACAACCUGACCAUCUGGUGCAUGGCUAUGUCUCCAGUCCCUGGAAAUAAAGUGUGGAAUAUCUCGUCUGAAAAGAUCACUUUUUCCUUGGGCUCCAUGAACCCUCCGACAGACUCUCCGCUUAAUGUUGUCACACGUACCCUUGUCACCCGAACUUCUCCAGCCAACAGAGUAUCUUCUACAACAGCUCCAUGGAUGCCCAGUGAAACAGACAGUUCAUCCCCCUCAGGUGUAGGCUCAACAAUUCAAGGUGAUGUCUUCACCAGCACAACCAGAACAUCUUCAGAAGUUCCCACAACUGCCAAAUCUACUAACAGCAGUCACAUCCAUAUCACUGGUAUCGUGGUUAAUAAACCUAAAGACGGAAUGUCCUGGCCAGUGAUCGUAGCAGCCUUGCUCUCUUUCUGCAUGGCAUUGUUCGGUCUUGGAGUGAGAAAAUGGUGUCAAUACCAGAAAGAAAUCAUGGAAAGACCCCCGCCUUUCAAGCCACCUCCACCCCCCAUCAAGUACACUUGCAUUCAAGAGUCCAUUGGAAGUGAUCUGCCUUGUCAUGAGAUGGAGACACUCUAGUCCCUUGAGAUUUUGCCAUAGAGAACUCGGCUAGAAUCCUGCAAGAAGGUGGACAUUGUGCUUUAUUAAUAUAAUUGCCCUCGAGCCAAGCCUGUACUGCAGCUGAAGUGGAUGUCAGAAGUGAAUGACCUGUUUUCCCAGCAACCCACCCUCUUUCAUCUGCACAUGCCUGAAAUUGAGCUAGAGUGAGAGGUUAUGUCACACCCAUACCCAAUGCAAUCUGCAGAGAUUUUCUUGUUUAUGUAAGAAGUGCAAAUCAGACUGCUGUUGUUAAAAAGUACUUGCAGUGUUUUUAUUUUUCAUUUUCGUUCUCUGACUGAGGUGACGACAAUGGUUUCAAGCAUAUGUCCAUGCCAGAGCCUCUUCUUUUUGGAUAUCUGCCACCAUGCUGAGCUAUUUACCAAAAGUGUGACAAUCUCUGAGGUUUGUUGCAUUUCCUAAGAAAAUUGCAAAAAGAAGAAAAUGUGCAAGUUCUAGCAAGAGUUCCAAAUAAGUGCAAGUUGUCUUUGUACUGAAAAUAUUUUGCUUGUGGAGGAAAACAGAAUACCUUGCACAAGAACACCAGUCCCAACCCCACUUCCUCCCACCAUGUUCCACCCAGCCUUCUCUCCCAUGGGAUGAGGAAGGAUCCAAGGGAAAAUUAGCUAAUGACCAAGUAGCCUAGUAGACACAGGUAGCACUUCACUUGCCUCUAAAAUGAUCUGCACUAAGAAUGGUCUCAUCCUUAGCUUUAUCUGUACGUGUGUGUGUGCAUCUAUCAGACUAUUACAAACUGUUGUGUGAGUAAACAGGUAGCCUAACCCCAAACCAAAUCCUGUAAUUCCUGUUCUCUUUUUCAUCUGGGGACUCUCCCGUUCAUCCAAUCUAUACAUUUUGAUCUGUCUUGAAAUAAAUACAGGUUCAAAUCA